CGCACGCCCGCGUCGACAUCGUCACAGAGAAGGAGCGAUGCACGCCGUCGCUCAGUCCGCGAUCGCGCGUCCCGCCGCGCGCGCGCGCGCGUCCGCGCGCGCCGCGAACGCGACGACAUCGUCCCACGCGUUCGCUGCCGCCGCGCCGGCUCGAGCGAACGCCGCGCGCGCGCGCGCGACGGCAUCGGCCGCGCGCGCGUCGCUCGACGCGCGAUCGACGUCGUCGCGCGCGUCGUCGUUCACGUCGAACGCCUCGCUCGCGAACGCGCUCGCCUCGCGCGCGGUGAAGACCUCGCGCGGGCGCGUCGCCGUCGUCGCGAACGCGUCCGCCGCCGCCGGGAACCCCGUGACGGCGUUUCUGAAGAAGAACCCCGCCGCGGAGACCGCCGCGUACUUCGCGCUGUGGUACUACCUCAACAUCCAGUUCAACAUCAUCAACAAGCAGAUCUACAACUACUUCCCGUACCCGUGGUUCGUCUCCGCGGUGCACCUCGCCGUGGGUUUGCUCAUCAUGACGUUUUUUUGGACGACGAGGCUCGUGAAAUUCGAGACCCCGGACUCGGAGUUCAUGAAGGACGUGACGUUGCCGAGCUUCCUGCACGCGUUCGGGCACUGCCUCACGAACGUAUCGUUCGCCGCGGUCGCGGUGUCGUUCACGCACACGAUCAAGACGCUCGAGCCGGUGUUCUCCGCGGCGGGCACGUACCUCGUCUCCGGUACGGUGUACGCGUGGCCCGUGUACGCGUCGCUCAUCCCCGUCAUCGGCGGCGUCGCGCUCGCGUCCGCGACGGAGCUGUCGUUCACGUGGCUCGGAUUCUCGUGCGCGAUGGCGAGCAACGUCGCGUUCUCCGCGCGCGCCAUCUUCAGCAAGAAGCUCAUGUCGCGCAUGUCGCCGCUGAAUCUGUACAAUUUCGUCACGAUCGUCUCGCUCAUGUUUUGCAUCCCGUUCGUGUUUAUCUUCGAGGGGUCGACGAUCAUGGCCGGGAUUCAAUCCGCGGUCGCGCUCAAGGGCCAGAAGGAAUUUAUCAUCGCCCUGCUCAAGUGCGGCGCGUUCUAUCACUUGUACAACCAGGUGGCGUACCAAGCCCUCGGGAAGGUUGAGCCCGUGACGCACGCCGUCGGCAACGUCGGCAAACGCAUCUUCGUCAUCGGGUUCUCGAUCAUCGCCUUCGGGAACAAGAUCUCGCCGCAGACCGCCGUGGGCAGCGCCAUCGCCGUGUUAGGCGCCGGGUUGUACUCGUACGUGAAGAACAAGUACGCGGACCAGACGAAGCAGAUCAAGUCUGACUGAUGAGAGACUUGCCGAGUUCGAGUUGGUUGGUAGCGAUGCGGUGCGAUGGAUGAUGAUGAUGAUGAUGAUGAUGAUGAUGAUUCCAUAGAGCGGUGAUGGAUGCGACGACGUCUGGCGUCGGAACCCCCGGUAAUACUUGUACGAGUUGGCGCGUCGCGAGAGGUUUUUUUUCGGCGCCCGGUCCGUCGGCUGGGCGGACGGGACGCGGUUUUGGCGGCCGUCGGCGUCGUCGACGUCGGUCGUGUUUUUUUUCAGUGGUUGGGAGAGCGACAAGCGGUCGAGUGAUGAGUCUUUAAUGACGAAGAGAGACAGACUUGUUGU